GAUGCUUUGGCUGAAAUAUUGAAAAUCCUCACCAUGGUCUAUGAAGCACAUAAGUUGCCUUUGGCUCAGAUAUGGGUUCUUUGCAGACAUCAUAGGAUUCUUGCACAUGGUGCUGGUUCAAAAAAGAAUUGCUCCAGCUUUGAUGGUACUUGCAUGGGACAAGUCUGCAUGUCAACAACUGAUGUGGCAUUUCAUGUCAUUGAUGCUUACAUGUGGGGAUUCAGGGAGACGUGUGUGGAACAUCAUCUUCAAAAGGGACAAGGUGUCGCAGGCAGGGCAUUCGCAUCAUGGAGGCCAUGUUUCUUUAAAGAUAUUACUCAGUUCUUCAAAAUUGAGUAUCCUCUAGCCCAUUAUGCUCAAAUGUUUGGAUUGGCCUGCUGUUUUGCUCUAUGCUUACAGACUACUCAGACUGGACAUGAUGAUUAUGUAUUCGAGUUCUUCCUGUCUCUUGACUGCAAGAAUGUUGGUGAACAACUGGCAUUGUUGCAGUCAAUGACAACCAUGAUGGAAAAAUGUUUUUGUAGCCUAAAAGUUAUCACUGAUGUAGAACUACAAGAAGGAUCAUCUCUUGAAGUUAUUGACAUGCUUGAAAUUGAGAGUCAAAAACGAUCGGAACCUAAACCAAUCUGUAUUUGAAGCUGUGAGAAUGGUCUUCAUACUUUCCCUGAAUGCAAUCCUGUUGAGGGCCUUAAUGGGAUGCAGAAAGAGAAAAAUGCAAUUCCUGAGUUGUCAGAACAACAUUUCCUGACAGAUGCUAAUGAUAAAAGGAAUACAAAGAUUGUUGUUGAUUCAAGUGGUACUGGAACUCCUUAUUCUUCCUUGGUCAAUAAAAAUAAUAGGCCACUUGAAAGCAGACAAGGUAAAGCUGAGAAAACAAUCAGUCUCAAGGUUCUCCAACAGUAUUUUGCUGGGAGCCUGAAAGAUCCUGCAAAAGCCUUGGAGGGAAGCUUAAGCGUGCAACUGAUGCCUGAAGUCUUUUUUAUAAGCUCUUACUUAGCAGUAUUUAUGGAUUUUAAAUAAUUUUGUAUUACAACCAUGAAACAUAUCUAUAGGCACCAUGAAAUCUCCAGAUGGCCAUCUUGCAAGGUCAAUAAGGUCAACCGCUCUCUUUCCAAAUGGAUCUUCUCUUUUGUAAGUUGCAGGUAACUCAUGGAUCUUUCUACAUAUCCUGUAUCUUCACUCCAUUUUAUCUGCUUCACAAGUUGGCUUCUUUAGUAUUUCUCUUCUAUAAGUUGUAAAAGCAACAUCUAUACUUGGAGGUCCUUCUGCAUCCUACUCCUGCACAAUCAGACAGCUCUUCAUUCCAAUUUAAUUGGACAUAGGAGCAAUUUGAGGAGAUGCUCAACAAAUAGAUGGAGGAGCCCAUGUUGGUAGGGACAGUCGAGAUAAAGGCACGAGUUGUAGCUUAGAUGAUGGUUCUGAUUUCUUAUUUGAAGCUUGAACACAUUCAAAGGGCAUGGAGGUACCAUCUUCAGGCCAAUUUUCACCUUCUCCUCAUGAUGGUAAUGAUCUCUAGUUGCUGAUUCACUACAUAUUUAAUAUUUUGGAUUUAACGUUUAUAUAUGUAAUGCACUUUUAUAAGUAUGUGAAGAAUUUUUAUUUAUGGUAUUAAAUAUAUUUUAAUGUAAUUAACGAUAAACUUUAGAUCGUGAAUAUAUGUAAUUGAUUGAAUAUUAAUGGGUGUAUCUCAACAUUUUGUUUUGUUAAAUUUGAUAUUCAAUUAA